GCGCGUCCUAGAUGCUGGGGUGGCAACAGGACAGAAAGGAGGACCGUGAAGGUGAUGGCCUCGGCUUACUCCUUGCCCUUGGGACCCCGUUCUGUGCUCACAGCCAUCCCACGAAGAGGGAAGGCGUUCGGCUUGCUCAAAGCCCAGCAGGAGAAGAGGCUGGCGGAGAUCAACCGGGAGUUCCUCUGCGACCAGAAGUACAGUGAUGAGGAGAACCUGCCAGAGAAGCUCGCGGCCUUCAAAGAGAAGUACAUGGAGUUCGACCUGAACAACGAGGGUGAGAUUGACCUGAUGUCUCUGAAGAGGAUGAUGGAGAAGCUGGGGGUGCCCAAGACCCACCUGGAGAUGAAGAAGAUGAUCUCGGAGGUGACAGGCGGCGUCAGCGACACCAUCUCCUACCGAGACUUCGUGAACAUGAUGCUGGGGAAGCGGUCGGCUGUCCUUAAGCUUGUCAUGAUGUUUGAAGGCAAAGCCAACGAGAGUGGCCCGAAGCCGGCGGGGCCUCCUCCAGAGAGAGACAUUUCGAGCCUGCCCUGAGGACCUGGGCCGCCAGCCUCCCUGCCCCACCCCCAUCUCCCCAUCCUCCAUUCCUGACUCCUUGGGAUUUGCUGUACUCCUUCAUUUGGCCCCUGUGGGCUCCUGUAUUUUCUUACCAAUCUCUUUGUAAAGCACAAAUGAUCUGCCUUGAAGGGCUGUGGGUUGGGGACUCCUGAGCCUUAGGUCCUGCCCCACCUCAGUUCCUUGCCUUCUUCCUGCCUUUUCCUGGCCUUGUGCAGAAGGGCUGAUAUACCAAAAACCAGAGUGGGCAGGGCAGGGCAGGGAGGCCGGAAAAGCCCGGCCUGCACCCAGAGGUGCUACCUCCAUCUUCCCAGAAUGCAGUGCGUGUGACCCCAGCCCCUGUCCCAAGAGCCUGUGGGGCAAAAAAAUGCUGCAAGGCCUCUUUCGGGUUCCCUUGCAUCCCACGCUCUUGGGUAUCCUGGAUAUGGCCACUCGGUGUCUCCCCGAUCCCCUCUGGUCACCCCCUUCACGCGUGAUGUCUGAGCCCUUCAAGGAGGAACUGGAAGCAACCUUCUGGCGCUGCUCCCUGGCCACCCCUCCCUGUUACUGAAGCCAAGGGCUUCAGAGGUGGAGGUGGGGCGAGGGCGGAGGAAGGGUCAGCCAGGAAGUCCCACCUCCCAGGGAGGAAGCAGAGGGCCCCAGGACAGGAGAUGGAGGAAGAUGCUAGCCCAAAAGCCAGCACCUUUAUACGCCAGGGAUUUCUAACAGGUCAUCCUGCUCGUGACUGCUUGAGGCCUCACUGCUUCCUCCAGUUGCCUCCUACUCUGUGCCUUCCUGCUCUGUGCGCACUGCUCAUGCGUGCGUCUGCGUGCUCAUUCAGCGUAUUUAUUGAACACCUAUUAUGAGCUUUAAGCCUUCUCACUUUGCCCUGACCUGGGCUAUGUCUACUGUCUCUCCAGUUCAACUUUCCAAGUGGCUCAAAACCUUGAGCCUCAGGACUGGACUGGGCCACCUGUGUCCUUCUUUAGGGACUCAGGAUCGCAAAGCCCUCUUCUGCUCUGUAGGUGAGCUGGGCCCCUCCACUCCUCUCACUGUGAUGGCCCACUGGGGGUGGGGGUGGGGCAGGGAGGCUGGCUGUCCAAGGUCAGGGGUGAAUCAGGAGACCCAAGAGCCUGACCGCGCUUUGCCUCUGCAAGUGUUUUGGUUUUUUUCAUUUUGUUUUGUUUUGUUUUUGUACCAGGGAUCUAACUCAUGACCUCGUGCUUGCCGGGCAGGUGCUGUGCUGCUGACCUAAAUCCCUGGCCCGUGGGUGCCUUAGUGUUGCAAGCUGGGAAGGAGGCAGAGGGCCGAUGUCCUGGGCCAGGACUUAGGAAGGCCAUGGGCUCCCAGUCAGCAUCAGGGCUGCAUGAGGGUCAGGCCUGCUCUGUGCUUCUGUCUUUCUACAGCUACUAGAUCCUGCUUCGGGGACUUGCUUCCAUAACCCUGCAGGCAAGUGCCUGGCCCGAUCCCACCUGUUUUCUGGAGUCCUGAGCUGUGCCCUCAGGACACGGAUGCAUGCAUUCACCUACUAUAUUUAUUAAACUCCUGCUACAGGCCAAGAGCUGAGAACCCAGCAGUGAAAUAGGCAUCUCUUGGAACGUACUGUCCAGUAGGGAGCAAAGACCCAGUGACAGGGACAAUGGUAGGAAGUGAGGGGGCCUAAGGAUGAUUGCCUUAGACAGGGGCAAGAGUCUUGGAGAGAACUUUGCAAAAGCUUACAGAGAGGGCUGGGGAUGUAGCUCAGCGGCAUACGCCCCUGCCUGGCAAGCUCAAGGUCCUGAGUUUGACUCCUAGUACAAAGAAAAAAUGCUUAUGGACAGGGCAACCAUUUGGGACCCCUUCUGUCUCCCAGGAGCUAUUCCUAUUCUACAAUGAAAUUUUCUACUCUACUAUUUUUUUUGUUUUUGUUUUUGUUUUUGUUUUUUUGUAUCAGGAAUAAAACUCACAACCUCAUGCUUGCCAGGCAGGCACUUGUGCCACUAAACUAAAUACCCAGUUCAAAUUUUCCUACUCUUUUUUUUAAUUUUUUUUUUUUUUUUUGUCUUUUUCUUUUUUAUCGGUACCGGGGAUCGAACUCACGACUGCCUGCUUCCAAGGCAGGCGCUUAUGCCGCUGAGCUAAACCUCCAGCCCCUUUUUUUUUUUUUUAAUUUUUUUUUUGAAAUUUUCCUACUCUUAAAAAAAAUGAAAACCCUUACGGACUAGGGGCCAUUGGAGCCCCUGCGGGUUUCCUGUGACUUCUGUAGACCCACAGUCAAGGGCCCAAGGCACAGUCCCAGAAGCAGCUUAUACAAGUAAAACCUGUAGGGCGUAAGACCAUGGCCACAGCCACCACCCGGCCAAGCUACAUCAAUUCUCUGGUCUCAGCCAGUUCAGGAGCAAGAUCAUGUGGGUGUGACUGGCUGGUCCUCAGUCUGAGGGAUGCAUAGGCCUAGCUGAAGUUUAACCCCAACAAGACAUUCCUCCCUGUAAAUAUGUAACCCUACCUACCCUGUCCACUCUUACCUUUGUGGGGCUUCUUUGUUUUGUUGUUUUCAGAGACAGAUUAGCAACUGCCUUUUCCUACUCCUUGCCUCUGCCUCUUGUCUUCCAGAAGGAAGAUAAGCUUUUUGAUUCCCCAUCCCAUUCAGUGAGACUAUUUAUUCCUUAGAGAGGAACACAGAAACAACCAGGCUUAUUUCAGUGGGUUCCAUAUUUUUGAGAUUGAGGGAAGGAGAGAAAAUGAAAGAAAGCCUUCUCUCACUGUACAGGGUGAGAAAGAACCCCAACAAUUCCUUCACUGGUUCUUGGAACUCAGCUGUGGGGAGACAGACUGAUACAGGCCCCCAACAAGGGCAUUUGCAGAUAUUUCAGGUUAUGGCUGCUGGCCCACGGUCUCAUUUCUCUAGCUAAGGGCUCCAUUUCUUCUGAAAAAACCAAAUCUAACUAAUGGAACGAGCAAUGUGGGGAAUGCUACGUAUGGCUUUGUCCCCAUGUUCAAAAGGAAAGUUUGUCAGGCAAAUUCACAUGACUGAAGUUAUAUGCACCCGCGUGUGUCUGCAUGCAUGUGCGCAUGGACGUGAGCGUGGGGUUGGGGUAUCAUCUCUACAAGUUGAAAUAAACCAGACAAACUGA